GUGAGAAUACGGGCGUGGAACAUUCUCAUGCAUAUGACAAUAAUUUAUUUACAAUUGGAAUUUUAAGGAAAAAUUUUCGUUAUCAAUUUUUCUAAAAUUGUUAUAUAUUCCUGACAAAUUUCACAACGUACUUAUAGAUUAGAACUAGCAGAAUGCGUCGUGUUGCCAUUAAAUUAAAUCGCGAACAUUCUAACGUAAUAAUCCAUGUAAUUGGUGAAAGAGGAAAUUGCGUACAAUCCAUACGAAAGUAGCUACGAAAGUAGUUACGAUAAAUAAUGAUUUUAGUUACAAAUGCAAAGUUUAGGCGUCAUAUUAAAAUAAUGUCCGGGUCAGGAAUUUCGUUUACGAUCUCUGUUCACGAGAAAUAUCGUUUGCCUGUAUUGCAUACGAUCUAGACAAGGAUGAAACAGCAAGGAAUUUUAACUCUGGAAUGGAAAUCUUAACUGGUGAAUGAGAUAGCGUUUUUUCCGUAUGCAUAGUGGCAUAACCUUGUCAAUUUUGCAGAAUAUGGAUUGAAGAAACGAUCGGUCAGCUACCUCGGGAACGCGCAUGCGCAAUCAAUCCACCGGGAAUUCCGAACCUCUCGGGCAAAAAAUCGCAGACUAUAGCUUCGAAAAGAGGUCGAUUCUUGGUAUAUACGCAGCUCGGAUAUAUCUACUAAGAAUUAACUGAUCGCGGACUGUUCCGCACAUAUAAACAUUGAGAACGUUGCGUGGAUCAUGCAUAAGACCGAUUAGGAUUUUAUUAAAAUGUCACGUGUUAUGCAGGCAUGGAAAAAGAAGGCAAACGCUCGAUUUGACUGCCGGACGAUCGAGAGAAUAGUAUUUUUUUACGAAUCUUUUAAAAGAACGAUUUCCAAAAAUUUGACGGGCAUCGGUAUCGAGAAAUUCUGUGAUGGAAUCGCUGAAUGUGAUUCAGAAGUAGUGCGUGCCAUUUUUGAGCAUACUGAGAUUGUUAGGAGCCAUAUGACGCCAGAGAUCCAACUAUUUCUUUUAACUCCCAACUGUAAUUUAUACCACACGCAAUACGAAAGAAUUUCGGAGUCGAAAGGGAUAAAGAGAAGCGUUUUCUUGGAACCUUUUUGGUCGAUUUAUUGGCCAGGUGGCCAGGCUCUCACUAGAUUUGUACUGGACGAAGGAAGAACGCUUUUUGAAUCCUCGAAGGAAAUUUUGGAUCUUGGAGCUGGAUGUGGUGCCACCGCUAUUGCUGCAAAGCUCGUUGGCGCUGACAGGGUUAUUGCCAACGAUAUCGAUAGAGUUGCAUGUACAGCUAUUUCCAUGAACGCUAUUCUGAACCGCGUGAAUGUCAAAGUGUCUCGACAAAACCUGUUAUAUGAAUUGCCCGAAAAGACAAUCGAUGUUAUUUUCAUUGGAGAUAUGCUGUACGACGCAGAGAUUGCUGCUACUUUAAUUCCAUGGCUCGAAAAAGCGCGCGAUAAUGGGACGAGGAUUUAUCUAGGAGAUCCAGGAAGACACGGUCUGACGGAGGAUUUGAAGAAACGUCUGAAAGUUCUGAGACAUUACCGGUUGCCAGAGAAUGUACAGAAAGAGAAUUACGGUUACGACAGUUGCAACGUUUGGGAGUUCUGCGGAUAACGAGUAAACGAUUAUAUAAUACGUCGAAACUCGGUAUACCUAUCUUUGACUCGCUAUUACUGUUGCAGUCACGUUUAUAUAUAUAUAAUCAUAUUGCUACAGUUACACGUGAAACGUACAUAUAUUCAUUUGUCAUGCGGUGACAAUAACGCCAUGGGUUUGAUUUAUGCAAAGUGCUAAGAAGAUUAUGAAACGCCGCGAUAAACGUGAUCAUAGCGAGCAUUGCCUGCUGCGUGACUUGCACAUGUGCUUCACCUUAUGUAUACAGUAAUAUUUACGUUUGUUUUACGUACAGAGUAAUGUUCAAUCAUCGCUAUUUGUAAUAUGAUUAUUUAUCUGAUGCAGUAUAAUACAAUGUUUCGUUUA